UAUAACACCUGUCAAGAACUUUCCAUUUUUGUAAUAUAUAUAAACUUGUGAUAUAAUACAACUAAUGAUUUAGAGUAAUACUUUCUUGAUAUCCCUGGACGGAGAAGUCUGUUACUGUGCAAUUUACUUAAUAAGAACUUUUAUUCUAAUAACUUUUAACAUGUUUUAACCUUAACUGGACACCUUUUUUUUUUUUUUUAAAGUCUGAGAGUUAAAAAUUUUGUAUAGCUGUAUUUUAACUGUGAGACUGAUCCUGAUAGAUGACUGACAGCUGCUCAUGGGAAAUGGACUUAAAGUCAUGAAUGGUUACUAUUGCAUGGAGUUGAAUGGAAUGCCAUGACUUCAGAGCAAUUCUCUUAGGACCUUCUUCUUUGCCUUGCACCCAUCAUAUCCUUAAAUAUUUAAGUGUAAAUAUUGCAAUUAUAAAGUCUAAAAAAUAAUGGCAUGGGUGAAAUUCUUAAGAAAACCUGGGGGUAACCUUGGAAAAGUUUACCAGCCUGGAAGUAUACUGUCCCUGGCCCCUACAAAAGGCUUAUUAAAUGAACCAGGACAAAACAGCUGCUUUCUUAAUAGUGCUGUUCAGGUAUUAUGGCAACUUGACAUAUUUCGACGAAGUUUAAGAGGUUUAACUGGACAUGUGUGUCAGGGAGAUGCGUGCAUAUUUUGUGCUUUAAAGGCAAUAUUUUCACAAUUUCAACACAGUCGAGAAAAAGCACUCCCAUCAGAUAAUAUGAGACAUGCCCUGGCAGAAAGCUUUAAGGAUGAACAGCGUUUCCAGCUUGGCUUCAUGGAUGAUGCAGCUGAAUGCUUUGAAAACAUCCUUGAGAGGAUUCAUUUUCACCUAGUGCCAAACAGUGAAACAGAUAUGUGCACUUCAAAAUCCUGUAUUUCUCAUCAGAAGUUUGCUAUGACCCUGUAUGAACAGUGUGUAUGUCACAGUUGUGGAGCAUCAUCAGACCCAUUGCCUUUUACAGAAUUUGUGCGUUAUAUUUCUACUACUGCCCUGUGUAAUGAAGUAGAAAGAAUGAUGGAGAGGCAUGAACGUCUCAAGCCAGAAAUGUUUGCAGAAUUGCUGCAGGCAGCAAAUACUACUGAUGACUACAGAAAGUGUCCUAGUAACUGUGGUCAAAAAAUAAAAAUUCGUCGUGUUCUUAUGAAUUGUCCUGAGAUUGUCACAAUUGGUUUAGUCUGGGAUUCAGAACACUCUGACCUGACAGAAGAGGUUAUGCGGAAUCUGGCAACACAACUUUAUCUUCCUGGGCUGUUUUACAGGGUUACAGAUGAAAAUGCCAGAAAUAGUGAACUUUUUCUUGUGGGAAUGAUUUGCUACACGAGCCGACAUUACUGUGCCUUUGCCUUUCACACCAAGAGUUGCAAAUGGGUGCUGUUUGAUGAUGCUAACGUAAAAGAGAUCGGAACAAAAUGGAAAGAUGUGGUCUCCAGGUGCAUUCGAAGUCACUUUCAGCCAUUGUUGCUAUUUUAUGCUAACCCAGAUGGCACAGCUGUAUCUCCAGAAGAUGCUCCAAAGCAGAUUAUUCACUGGUCUCAAUGCAAAGCAGCAGGAGGAAAUGGGGAAGACUUGGGAUUUGAAAAGCAUUCUGCUCCUAAAUCAGACCACAUGAAAGAGAAUGGAAUUGAAGACCCCACUAAUCAAAGGAGUAAUAAAAAACUUCAGCCAGAUAAUUCAGCAUUCAGUAGAAGCCAUAUUCAAGCUAGUGGUGGUAGAGGUCCAGCUAAGUUAGGUUACAGCAAUCAAAAGGACAGGCUAAAGGACAUAUCCAGAGAGUGUGCUCAGAAAGCUGCUGAUAUGAAAAACUUCUCAUCUUUACGAAAAGAUGCAGACAGAGGACCAAGAAAAGAGUCUGGGAGACAAAGAGAUUUGAUUGGGGAAGAUUGUUCCAAUGUUAAGUCGGGGUCUCCUCCAGUUGGAAAUGGACUUAGACACUGUGCUGAUCAGCGCAUAUACAGCAGCCAGGGAAGAGGCUCCUAUAAGCAUAACAACGCACCUCACCAAGCAAAGCUUUCUGUACAGGUGCUUGGAUCAAAUAAAACAGAAGCUUUUCCUCCUGGGGAGAAACCUAUGAUCAGGACCCGGACUGAUGGUAUCACGGGCUAUGAUACAGACACCAGUCAAGACUCUAGGGACAAAGGAAGUAUCAGCAGCAGCAGAAGCAGAAGUAAAGGUUGGAAACCAAUGCGAGAGACAUUAAAUGUAGACAGCAUUUUCAGUGAGACUGAGAAAAAACAGCACAGCCCAAAGCACAAGACAAAUCUGAACAGUAAGUCUAAGCAUGAAAAGGAGCGAAGCUUUAACCAUUGGUCAAAAGAGAACCAAAUCAAGAAGGGUUUAAUGACUAUUUAUGAAGAUGAAACAAAACAGGAUACAGGAAGUCGAAGUUCACUGGAUUCGGAGGGAAAAGGGAAUGCUGAAAAAAGCAAAGGAUUUACAGAGAGAAAAGUCCAUGGUGAUAACUGGCAAAUUCAGAGGACAGAAUCUGGAUAUGAAAGCAGUGAUCAUAUCAGCAAUGGAUCUGCAAAUCCGGACUCGCCUGUUAUUGAAGGAAUCAAUCCGGCAGAUGUCAAGAAUGUUAAAGAAAGUGCUUCCUGCAGCGAACAGAACCUGUUAAUGAAAAAAGCUGACAAUGUGUUACAUUCAGUAUCCCAGCAGAACAGAAACUUUUACGCCCCAGAUGUGAGGAAAGACCAAAUCAAUUCAGAAGUUAACUACAGACCUCAUGUUAAUUUCCCGACAGAAUUACAUUUGCAGGUGCCCAGUCCUCCAGUAAAGAGAGCUGAAAUGCCUGAGACCAAUAGGAAACUUUUCCCAUCGUCAGCUCUACAGCCAGUUCUUAAAGACAUAAUUAAGUCGGAAAGUAGGAACAAGGCAAACGAACAGAAUUCUUCAGAGUGGCUUAAUCCAGAUAAGUUUGAGAAGAUGAAUGUGUCGGUGUAUUGUGCUGAUGGUGUAUCCCACCCCUAUACAGAAAAUGUCUGUGGAAGGAAGCUGAUCAACAAUGAUUUUCACUCCUCUUCCCAGCCGCAGCCUCAUCAUGCAAGAACGUUUGGUCCGAAGGUGGGGUUGUCGCCUUAUGUGCCACAGAACCUGUCAGAAAGGCCCAUGGUGCUUCCCCCUCCUGGUGAACAUGCUGGGCACCCACUCCGAAGGGUGGAUGCUCUUUGGGUGCCUGAAGCAGUGUACCAGAAUCUUCCUCCCCCUUUACCGCCGAAGAAAUACGCUCUGAAUACUUUGCCAGGAUCAGAAAAUAACUCGGCAGCUGAUGUAAAAUCAACAGAAGUGUUGCAAAAUAAUCCGUUAAGGCAAACAGGUACACCUUUAAAAUCUGCGACAGAAGCAAGCGUAUUUACAAACGAACAAAGGCUUAAAGAGCAGUUUCAAGGGAAUGAACUGUUUGUUCAUAAACCAGAUUCUCCACCUCACUUAUCAGUUAAUAACUUUUGGACUGUGUCUGAAAACUUUUUAAAGAAAGGAUCUCGUCACACAGGACCAAGUGCUAGCUAUGUGGAUGGAAAUGAUAGUGUAUCCCUAACGACUUAUUUUUCAGUAGAUAGUUGUAUGACUGACACAUACAGGAUGAAAUACCAUCAGAGACCCAAGCUGUAUUUUACAGAUAGUGGAAGCUUUCACAAAGAAAAGCAUCCUCCACCAGCUGGAGUAGAACUGAAUGCUACAUACCAUGCUACUCUUGAGCCCAGGCAUCCCACAUCCGAGCAAAGGUACAAGGCAAAUGUAGAAGGCAUACACUGCAGUAGAUAGAGUAUUAAGAAAAAAUAAUGAUCUGGAUCUGACUUUUGCAUUUCAUGUAGUCUGUAAAUGGGCCCAAACCUUUAAUCUCUGUGUGUGUGAUAACUAGGUACCCAGUUGACUGUACUUUGUUUAGGAGUUACGACUGUUUAAAUGAAUAUGCAAAUAGAGGUGAACAGAGGAGAAGAGGUGCUAAACUUCUGGUUCUUCGAUUUGUUACUCUAAUUGCCUUAAUGCUUACCUCUGUUACUCAGCUUGUCUUCUAUGGUUUAUAUUAAAGAUGGUCCCUUUAGGUGUAUGCAUCUUACAGCAGUGGGAUCAACGAGAUGUUACUAAUUUUGUAAGAAGAUUUAAUUAGUUGCAGUUUAAAAAGUGUUCCUUCAGACUGUGGUUACUACAUACUUCUAGACUAACAAAAGGGAUAAACGUAUUACCAUAUAUAGUGUAGUAAAUGUAGUUAUAACAGAGCAGUAUUUGUCCUGAUAGGUAGCAUGUGACAUGGUUUUUUUCAGCUGACUUCUCUGAGAGUCCGUGCUUUCACAAACCUUCAAGUGUCUUCAAUACAAGUUUACCCAGAGAAUUUCUAAUUUUUUUAUUUGAAAAGCCUUAAUAAUAGUAAUUCUUCAAAACUGGUUCUGGUCUGCAAGUGUUAAAUAUUUAAGAUUUUCAAAGGGAAUUCAAGUAAACUGCAGUAAUGGACUGUCCUGUUAAUAUACCUGCUCUAUGUUAGUGUACGUUUUUAAACACAUUUCUCAGAUCUGUUCACCCUAUAAGCUGUAUACUUUAAGUUAUUAAAAUUAAAUUUAACCACAUAAGCUACAAACUGAUAUAGCAGAAUAGGAUGGUAAUUUUAAAAUACAGAGUUAUCAUGCAGCUAUGAAAGUUUAAUUUUGUAAGGUUUUAGAUAUAUUUACUAUUUAUGUUUAGUUCUGAUUUAUUCUACAAUUGCAUGAAAAGUCAAUGCUGCUAUUUAUUGAACUUCCUAUCUUUUUUCAGCUUGACAUUUUGAGCGAUGUUUAAUGGGGAUCAGACAUUUGACUUUACUGGCAAUGUGUUUUCCUGUUCGGAGCAGUCCUACACAUGGAUAUGUUCUGUAUUAGCAGAUCAGGCUGACUGAACCUGCAGUGGUUCAGACUGUGGUGGCUGAGGAGGCAUGAAAAGAAGAGGUUCCUCUCUUUCUCUGCUCUAGCACUCUGCCAUGCAGUUUUGGCAGCUCUGACAUUUACCACAUCUUUUGUUAACCUGACUUAUUUCAGUAACAAAGAGGAGGAUUUAUUUGGCUUUUAUUUAGUUCUGUGCACUGAUGUAACUAACCAUCUAGUGAGUGGUGAGGGCCAGCACGUGCCCCACUGAGGGCUGGGGAGGAAAGAAGGGAGAACAGGAUUUCACCCUCAUGGCAGCCCUGAUUGUUUGAAAUGUCCCACUCUGUCUUGUGGUGUCAGAGGCGGGGGCUUAGAGUUCAGUUUCAGUCUUACCAUAACAUUGAACCAUGUAUAAUUUAGAACUACUGUCAGCAAAGCCUGACACAAUCCGAAAAGGUUAAAUUUUGCCAUUAUUCUUAUUAAGAGUGUUAGCUUCGGGUGCUGCUGAUUACAUCUAAACAUCAAUGCCUUUUAGUUAGGAAAAGAAUGCAAGUUUAAAUAUGCAUAAUAAACACUCUUGCUUAUACUUCUACUGUUAGUCAGAAAGGCUUUUUUAUGUUUAUAAAUCCUACGAGUUUUAGUGCUUCAACCAAAUGUUGGCAAUUGUUCAGCACGAUUAUCCAAGGUAUACAUUUAAACAGUAGUUCUGGUUAUUCUGUGUGAAGGUCAGGGUUUGGGUUUUUUUAACUACAUGUAAGUUACAGUAGAACUGGAACAUGAUAUAUGCAACAAACCAGGUAUCUCAGAUUAAUCUUCUUAUUUCUACCUUCUUGAUCAAAAUUUGUUGUAGCACUUGGAAAAAAAAUUAAUUCUAGAAUUCGUAGUGCAAACAAUUAUGCAUGUUUAGGUAUGGCUGCUGGUAAACAGCAACUUAAACUAUCCUUUUGUGAGGAAAUCAGUUGAAUACAGAAAAAGAACCCUGAAAAUGUAAGAACUUGGAAGAUUCCAAAUUGUAACAUUUUUGAGAGAGAUUUUAGAACCUGUAAAUCAAACUUUUCUAGUUCAUCUAGCAAUGUUACAUAAUAUAUGUAGCCAGUUAAGUAAAACUGUCUUCUAAUACUUACGUAAAAACAAAGAUUGGAAUUUGUAAAUAAUGUAUAAUUUGUAAAAUGUUUUGCAAAAAUCUUGUAUUUGAAAUGACAGUAUUUUUAUGUAUGAAUAGCACAGCAACAACUGUGAAUGAUGUUAGAACACUUAUUUUUAAACAUGCAUAGCAAUGUUCAUACUUCUGUACAAUGAGCAAUAUGAAUGCCUAUUACUGAUACCAAUGAAUUUGGCUUCCAGUAAGCACAACUGGUAAACAUAUUUUUAAAGUAGCUGCGGUAAUUUAGGUGUAUUUCAGUCUCCUUGCUUUGCUUGAAACAAUCUUACCAGACAACUUUCUAUGUGACCCAUGUUUACCGGGUAUUUAAUUAAAUAGACAGCUAAUCGAGGCACCUUUGUUUUUAUAUUUGACUCUGCACUCCAUGUAUGUAUGUACGUAAUAUUUGCUAACUAAUAUGUGUUAACUUGUUUUAACUUACCUAGGGUGCCUAUUUAUUUUUUUAUAAAUGUCCCCUUCUGGCUAUAGAUUUGUAUAAGAGCCUAGACAAUUUUUGUAACAGUAAAGACAUUAACAAGUCUUGUAAUUAAUAUAUUUUUCAGUCUUUAGAAUUAUUUUCUUGCAAAGUUCCGCUUGUUCAAACUAUCAGAUAAAAAUUCAAAAUAUC